AGAGUUGUGGAAUUUACCGAGUUUAAACAGUUGUUAAAUAAAGAUAAUGUACAUGUAAUAGACGUCAGAGAGCCAGAGGAACUGGUGGAGGAUGGUGCUAUUCCGAACACUAUAAACAUUCCUUUAGGAGAAGUCGAGGCGGUAUUUUCCAAAUCACCAACAGAAUUUGAAGAAAGAUACCAAUUCGACAUCAGUCAUCCCGAUUCAGUAAAUGUGAUAUUUAGUUGUCGAUCUGGUUGUCGUAGUGAAGAAGCUUUAGAGACAGUUUUAAAAUUAGGAUUUAAAAAAGCCAGACAUUUUGGAGGAGGAUUUUUAGAAUGGGAAGAAAGGAUGGCAAAUGAAAGUUAA